UCGGCCAGGGCCUUUUGAGAACCGUGCACUGUGUCGAAAGAGUGGGGAGAGGCAGUCCUCCACAACCACACCCGUAACCUGAGACAACUCUUUCUUGUUUCCUGCGUUGUCAACUGCUAGUUUCCUGUCUUUCUACUAUUCCAUAUCCACAUCCAUAUGGACUCAUUCUCCAUUCAGUGGCACGCCCUCAAUCUACUACUGAAUCCUUUCAUUGUCCACCAACGACAAAGCCGAUCCAACGGGCCGCACGUCAUAAUCAUAAAUUAGCCGCUACAAACCGACCGUUGCUUCACGGACUUUACGGCAUUCAUAACAGACGGGGGUCCCGAGUCCCACGCUCUGAGCACGAGGAGACUGGUCCUUCCACAUUGUUACCACGCGAGUGGCACGUUGAUCACCUCGGCCACCUAUACCGCCAUCUUCGAGCCGGCCUCAUCCGCGACCCACGCCGAUUGCCUCGACCAUGGCAUUUCGCGAGAGGAUAAAGAAGGCUCUGCGAAAAGCCUCUCCAAAUUCGUCACUCCACAAGUCAUCCACAACAGAUUCUGGCAAAGGUCGAGAACGAUGGCCAUCGAAUGUGUAUAAACCCGGCGAACCAAUGCCACGUGCAAAGUACCGCGCACCCGUCAAGAAAGAACACAAAGAAAAACUCGAGUCGUUCAGUUUUGCCUCGGCUUGGAGGAGGAAGAGUUUCAUGAGCGAAUACAGUCCUAUGGGGACGAGAAUGCCGAGUCGACGAGCGAGUCUGAUCAGCAGAAAGAGUUUUGGAGGCAGAAGCAGUUUGAGUCGGAGAAACAGUAUGAGUAUGAGCAGGAGGAAUAGUGUUUCUGGAGGAGUCAAGAGCGGUCGGGAAAGUCUAGAAGUUCCACGAGAAAGACAUGCUGCUCUUGCGCCUGCGCUGUCGACUGAGAUGGAGAAUGAGGGUGAUGACGACGUGACCAACGUCGGUCUCUCACGAGUCCAGUCAAGAGAAGACAAACCGCACCGACCUGUCUAUUCGAGACGUCAAACCGGCGAAUAUCGAUCGAGAGCUCCCGUCAAGGCUUCACCGCUCGCACAAACAACAGAAGCACCUACAUCAACGCCUUCACAAGCGCAACAACAAGCAGCGUUUGCUCACGACCAUACACCAUUCACCGAGGAUGAGUUGGUAAGAGCUCUACAAAGAAGCCAUCUGGAAAUACCCGCGCAUUGAGGAUGACAUGGUAUGGGUAGCUCAUUCGGUCUGAGCCCGGUUGUAUUUGGUAUUUGGUGUUUGGUGUUUCUACUUGUCCCCGUCUUCCUGUCGAAAUUGACAUUGUAUCGUGGGUUCUUCUUGAGGUGCGUUUUCGGAGACGCGGCGCUUAUAUUCUGUAUUGUAGCCAAUUCAGGCAAAUCCAACAAUUACAUGUCUGGUGUUGCAAGUUCUUGCUCGUUCAUCGUAUAUU